UAUUUGUCGGGUGCUUUAUUUGGUUGCUGAGUUAUGCGUUUGUGGCAUUAACGGUCGUUGUAAAAGGCUGUUGUUUCCAUAGUUUGUUUAUAACUUUUUAUAACUGUAACUUUUCAGCUUCAUAACCGUUAUAAACAAAUAUGAAUAAGAGUAUGAGAUAACAUUUAUUUGAGAGGAGGAUGUCUGAACUGAGCGACGAGGCGAGCAGUGAGUCGGAUCAGUUAGGCGCGAGUCUGUCCGUGUGGCUGGCGGACGGGGGAAGCGCUCUGAUCGGCCCGGAUGAGCUGAACGUGCCGCUGGAUCUUCACACCGCCUGCUCCAUCGGACAGUAUGAUGUGGUGGCCGAAUGCAUCCGCAGGGGAGAUGUGGAUUUGGAUGGGAAGAACAUCGGUGGUUGGACUCCUCUGAUGUACGCUGCAUAUAUCGGUCACGAUAACAUCGCUAACCUGCUGCUGGAGGCGGGCGUCAGUGUCAACGCCACCACAUCUAAAGGACUCACGCCCCUGAUGCUCGCCGCCAGCUGUGGAAACGAGAGCAUCGCCUACUUCCUACUGCAGCAAGGAGCGCAGCUCGAAUGUAAGGAUGUGUGCGGAUGGACGGCUUUGCUGCACAGCACGGCUACUGGACAUCAGCAGAUGGUCAAGUUCUUAUUAGAGCAUCACGCCAAUGCAAAUAUCAAGGAGCCGCUGUCGGGAUUCACACCGCUUAUGGAAGCUGCUGCGUCCGGCCAUGAAAUCAUUGUUCAGUACCUGCUCAACCAUGGUGUACGAACGGAGGAGAGGAACAUUAAAGGAGAAACGGCGAGAUCUCUGGCUAUGAUGUACGGACACACUAAAAUCGCCAGCCUCAUCAGCCAGGUCAUGAGAGCCAAAUCAUCUCUGUAUGAGGAGUUGAGCUCGUCUGAAGAAGAGAGCACGACUCCUAGAGUCCGAUCAGCUCGCAGCAGAACCCGAGGACCCAGCAUUCACGACGGGCCUCAAGCUAUCGCGCGCUUCAGAGUCGGCUCCAAACACGAGGUUUCCGUUGCUCCACCCGGAUACGUGACCUUCCAGGACGUUGGCGAUCAGAGCGAGGGAAUGUGCAAUCGUGACGUCACUUCCCCAAUCAAUGACCUCGACGUCCAGAGCAACAGCAGUAGAGAUGAGCUGUUCUUCGAUAACGACAUGCCCACCAUGAGGAGCAGCAGCAGCAGCAGCGAGGGUCUGUCUCAUCUCCUCGGACUCAGCAGGGAGGCGUCGCUGGAGAGCAACGAGGACUCUGAUCAAGCAAAGAGAAGCUGUCCGCGGCGAUCCAAUAAACUCCAGCACUCCAAAGGCAGGAGUCCCGCUAACAGCAGCGGCAGCACCGGUUACCGCCAGGCUCCGUCUUCCUCUGGACCUCCUCCUUCAUACACUGGACCCAAGGAUCUCGCAGAGUUCCUGAAACAGAUCGGGUUCAGUAAGUACCUUCCCCUGCUGGAGGAGCAAGACAUCGACCUGAGGAUCUUCCUCACGCUUACUGAGAACGACCUCAAGGAAGUUGGCAUCACUCUGUUCGGUCCUAAGAGGAAGAUGACAUCAGCAAUAGCCCGCUGGCAUAGUAACGCACGGCCGCCCAGUGAUGCGUUAGAGCAGGCGUAUGCAGACCAACUAGAGGCUGAGAUGCAGGAAAUGGCCAUUCAGCUUCAUAAGCGUUGUGUAGAGGUGGAGUCUCUGCAAGGUCAGGUGGGUCAAGAAAAGGAGCUGCGUGCUGUGAUGGAGGGAUGUCUGAUGGAGGAGAAGAUGGCGUGGAAGAGUGUUCAGGCGGAGCUGCAGGAGAACAGCAAACGCAUUCAGACUCUGAGCGGGAAACUACACACUCUACGCAACACUCACACGCAGCUCGCACAGGUUGCGCAGGAGGACGUUCGAGUGGCGGGGAAAGGUGACGGGUUGAUGUGCUCUCAGCUGCUGUCUAAGAUGGAGUCUCAUAUGGCAGAUCUCGCUGACGGUUUGAAGGAAAUCCUUCACAGUCUCCAGCAUCUCAGCGCUUCAGAGAAAAGCUCACACAACUGGGAAGAAUCCUAGCAGCUAUGAAUAGGACAUUCGCUUUUACCGACGGAGGGUGAAAAACCACCCUGAACACACAGACGGCUGCAGAGAUGAGCCAGAGAGAUGAGCCACGUCGCUCCAGUAUGACACGAGUUCAGACGGAGAUGACGGGCCGAACGAGAACCGAAGAUGACGGCAAGCGGCCAAAAAUGACAAGCGGGCGAAGAGCGUCUCUCGCCUGUUCUUCAGUCACGUGAUGCAUUUAUCAUGAGAAAUGACCAAUCACAGACAGAGCUGUGUCAGACAGGGCGGAGCCAGAGGAUUUGAACUGCCUGUCAGGAAACACGUGUGGAUACUGCAAGCACAAAUACUGUUUAUUGCUGUACAACGAAUCAGACCUCAAUUAGAUAAGAAUUAAAAAUGUCUAUUUAAAGCCUGAAUAAUUAAGCAUAUUCUGCCAUAUUCGGUUGAAUUCAUUUAGAUGUAUUGGCAUGGUUGUGAGUAAUACAGUAUGGCGAAAGCUGGGAAUAUGUGCAUGACAGCUUAAGUUAAACAACAACAAAUUGUAACAUUGUGAAGUGAAUAUUCAAUUCAGUCUGAUGUAAAAAUGUACACAGAAGUUAAUUCUGCUGGUGUUUCAUGAUCAAGACCCAUUUCUGGUCUUGAUGUCAAGGGUUUUGGUCAUAUUGUUGGAGCUACUGUCCAUUUAUUAUGUUUUUGGGUCAUUGAAAUGUGUAAAAAAUUCUCUGAAUAUCAAUUUUAAGUGAUAAUUGUUUUACGUUAAUCAGCUUGUUUGUCAAUUAUGAAAAAGGUCUUUAUUGUAAUUAUGUCAGUGUCAAUAAAUAUACAUGAAUCGAGUCUUUUAAUGCCUGGAA